AUGGCUGCAAAAGAACGUUGUAUUCCAAGCUGUGGUUCACAAAAUCAUAUCCUGCACAAGUUUCCUCAUCCUGAAAAAGAACCUGACCGUUUUAGAACAUGGCUAUAUGCUGUUGGAGGAGAUUUACUGUCACUGGAUAACAACUACAUUCACAAGUAUCGAAGUUUAUGCCAUUUGCAUUUUGAGUCAAGUUACUACACUUGGAGUAAAAGGCUAGCUCAUAAUGCCAUUCCAACUCCAUCUACCAGUCAACCAAUGGCAGAAGUCAUAAAUCUGAUUGAAGCUAAGCAUGUUUUGAGAAGCAUGAAAUUUAUAUCUGGCAAAGGAAACGCCGGUACCGUUCCGUCAAUUACUAAUUGGCUACGUACUGUAGAAAAUAUAGAAUUAUUGAGAGACACCUUAUUUAAUAAAAAUAUAAAAUCAAUAUGGGCUAGACAUUUAAAUCAAGACCCUUUAGAAAACUUCUUUGGCAGCAUACGCAGUCAUGGAGUAAGAAAUACUUCACCCACAUGUGCUGCCUUUGAAGCAGCUUUUGCUUCGUUAUUAGUAAAUAAUUUGAGCAGGAAUUAUUCAAAGGGCUCAAAUUGUGAAGAUGAUACUUGCCAAAAUUUUAAAUGCUUUGAAGAUUUGUUUUUUUAUAAUAACGAUAAAAAUGAAUGUAACUCGUGUGAAGUUGAUAUAAAUGAUAUAUUGUGCGAAAACAUGAUAACUUGUUUUGAUGAAAAGAAAGAGGACGCGCGUAUUUUUGGUACGUUACAGUACGUAGCUGGUUACAUAUUGCGACAAUGCCAAAAAAUACUAAAUUGUGCAAAAAUUGUAAAAAAGAACUCAUUGAAACUAAUACCAAGAGCGGUUACU